UUAACCCACCGAGAACGCACCACUGAAAAUAGUCUCUUGGAUUCGGGAAAGACAAAGUUUCAUAUAACAGGGAUGUCAUCAGUGGCGGUUCUAGAAUAGGGUUUAAUAUACUUCACCUCCUGCCAAUAUAGCGAGAUUCGGUUUGACCCAUUUGAAUGGUUUUUUUGACCAAACGCAUCUUAUAAAACCCAACACAUGGAUUUACCACUCCUUGUUACCACACUUGCUGACUGGUCAGUCUGAUAGUGGACACGGUGGCGCUGACUGGGAUCCCUAUUUCUCCACCCUCAUAAAAUUAGGGUUCAUCUUUCUCUCUUUCUCCACCGUGAAUCAUUCCUCUCCUUCUCUUUCUCAUUGCCCUUGAUCCAUCAUCGUCCUUCCUUCCUCUUCGUCACACCCAGAUUCAUCUUCUUCAUUCAUGGCCGAAAGCAACUCGUAUGGUAGCAGUGUAAAUUCGUUUUCAGAUUUACCCAGAUGUGGUUGUGACAGACCAAUGAAGAUGUGGGUGACCAACACGGUUCAAAAUCGCAAUAGAAAGUUCUGGAAAUGCCACAAUGUCGGGUCUGGAAAUAGCUGUGAAUUGCUCUUGUGGGAUGAUGAAAUCAGACACCAUAUCAAUGGGCAUAGGAUGAAUCUACCAGAAUGUAAAAGUUGUGAUAUACUAGCAGUGAAGUUGGAGACAUUAACAAACAAAAUUGAGAAGUUGAAGAAGAAGAUUGCAAGUCUGACAAGUGCUAAUAUGAGGCUGAAGAAGACAGCAUUGAUUCUCUAUUUUUUGGUUAUUGGCAUAUUGUAUUACUUAGUUUAACAUCUCCUUGUUUGACAUUGUAUAUUUGGGUAGCAUUUGGAUGUAAAACCUUGUUGAUUUUAUGCCAAUAAAAUAAGUUAUGUUUAUGUCCAAUUAUUCUAGUGUAUUUU